CAUAACAAUGUGUUAUUUUUCUUUAUUCUUUUAUAUUAUCAUCGAUUUUUGCUUUAAUUGCGCCCGCCUCGGCCCCCGCGACCCCGACUGUUGUCUCCGCGGUCCUGCAACAAAAAAAAACACCAAUAAAUCGUUUUUCCUGCGAUAAUAAUACGUCAAAAAAUAAAAAAUUCGGCGAUAACAACCGGAUAAAGAUAACACCUUGCAAUGUGCGAAAUCUAAUCGUGUGCGUCUAACACCAUGAAAUCCAUCAAAAAUUUAUUCUCUCUGAGACGCCACAAAUCCGACGAUGACCUCGCAAAGCCCCAACGAAGGGCCCUCUCCGCCGGCAGUCUCACAACCUUGACAAACAUAGUUUUAGCAAGAAAAUUCAAAUCAGUGUCGUUAAUUAAAGUGAACAGUGACGAAUCCUUAACGGAUUCACCAAUCGGUGCAAUUCGAUUAAAAACAAACGACGAAUUUCACGUAAAACCUGAAAAAAAAUUAAAACGGCCGAGACAACGUGACGACAUUUGUGACAAUGUUUUAAAAAAACAAAAACAUGAUUUGAAUCAAAAUGAAACUCCACAUGAAAGUGUCAUUUUGAAAUUAGACAAAAACGAAACGAUCGGACUUGAAAUCCACCCGAAAUGGACCUUUGCUUCAAACCAAAUCACAGGUUACUACAUUUCGCAAAUUGUACCAGACUCAGCCGCCGCCAAAAACGUCACUGGAAUGCGAAAAUUCACCGGCCCCGAAGCAGUCCAAAUCCGAAGACGUCGCAAUUCGUACUACACCGAAAAAUACUGCAGUGUCACCGGCCAAUUGUCUUUUUCCGUGAGGUUUUGCAAAGGCCCCGGUUUGAAAUCGCUGGGUUUUUCUAUCGUUGGUGGAAAAGAUUCUCCCAAGGGAACGAUGGGAAUUUACGUAAAAACGAUUUUUGAACAGGGACAAGCUGCAGAAUUGGGUGUUUUGCGGGAAGGCGACCAAAUUAUCUCGGUUAAUAAUCGACCAAUGAAAGGAUUGACUCACAGUGAGGCAGUCGAAGUGUUUAAAAAUAUCAAAUCUGGAUAUGUUUUUGUCGAAGCCGUACGAAAAGAUGGAUCUAAAUUUAGAAACUCAUUUUAGGAAUUUUGUCUUUUCCAAUUAAUAAAGUUUGUUGAA